AUGCACGCACGAACCUCAUGCAAAGCCCGGCGGUUUGUUGCCGAAGAAAUUGCUUGCUUUGUUCGCUGCCUCAGUUUGCGAUACAGUGCAGCUUUGGGUCCUUCAGUUGUGUCGGCGGCACAGGCUCAGAGCCCUUGUUCUGUACAGCCCACGCUGGUGUGGGGUGCUGUGGGUGCAGGCUUCACUUUGACCAUGAUGCAGAGUGCCACCACUCUCCAGACGAUUUCAGCACCAGGUCUUGCAGUCUUGCACUUCAAUGUCUCCAAUAAUGCUGUGAAUUUCGCCGCUGGCGCUGCGGAAAUGGCCACGUUCGAGUGCUGUUUCGACUUUCGACCCAAGUCCCACCAGAGUGGCAUCGGAAGAGGCGAGGUGGUCCAAAGCUUUGCCCUCUCGCGAAAUGACAGUGCCGACACGCAGUGUGGCUACGGGGCCGAUGUCUCAGACAGACGGAGCCGUUAUGCCAAUGCGGACUUGACCAGUCCAUCUGUGAUCUUUCGGGUACGCGACGCCGUCACCUUUGUGCUCUCCUUUGGAGGAUCCAAAUGCUUCGACGCCGACUCCAAUGCGUACACUCGCCAUUUCCUAAGUGGGAGUGGAGCAUUCCCAUGCAGCCCCGUGGUUUGCCCAUCUCCCGCAGAGUUCAGCCGCGAGGUCUACAGCGAGUACGAGUUUCUUGAAGUGCUUGGGGAAGGCUCCUUCGGCAAAGUUCACAAGGCUGUGAAGGAGAUACCGCAUACCGGCACAGCAGACGAAGAGUUUCAGCUAGAACUCAAGGUCAUCGAGUACUUCGAUGAUGUUACUAAUUUCUUCCUCGUCAUGGAGCUUUGUACAGGUCCUGACGUCUUCACCUACGUCUUGGAGCGCAUGGACUCGCCCUUCUUCUGCAUCUGUUCAAGCUUCGGUCUCAAGCAAAAGGGAGGUGUCCUGGCUGCCGUCUCCGACCAGCGUUCAAUUGACAUGUUGCGCCGGCCUCUCUUGGCUCAAGGGAUGCUGUGGUGGAAGCUGGGAUGCAGCGCCUGCCUCGCGCCCAGCGUGGACACGAAAGAUGAGCCGGGCGAGCCGCGGCAUGCCGGCCGGCAGCUUACGGAGAGUGAGAUGGCGCAUGCCCUCAAGGAUAUGCAGAAGAGAUAUCCUCUUCUCGCACUUCCCUCUCACGGCCUCUAUGCCAUCGUGCAGGAAAGUUUGCCGAGGGCACCUUCCGGGCUUGAAGGCAACUGUGUCCCGGUGCAGGAGUGUGAGACGGCCGUUUGCGAGGGCGACGAGGACAAAGCCAAGGACAUCCUCGAGCGUUUGGAGCACGAAGUUGAGCUGGAGACCACCACGCUGGCGGCGGCCUUCAACCUUUUCAAGAAGCCGGGAAAGGAAACCUUGUCCGAAGCAGAGGCAUUGAGCUCGGCUUCUGCAGCAAUUGCAUCUGCUGCGUACUCUCCACAGAUACGUACCAUGCUGGAGUACCUCGGCUUUCCGAAGGAGGAUGACGAUGUAGAAAAGCUUCUGAAAGCAGUCGACACUGAUGGAGACCGCCAGAUGAGCCUGGUGGAAUUUCACCAGUACGUCGCUCGCAUGGGAGGGAGCUUGCGCCUCUUCGAGAUCCGUCGGAAGCAGAUGGAAGCCAAGCACGGGUGGGGGACCGAGUAUUGGCACAUUGCCAAGCGACUCCGCCAAAGCUGCAAAGUCCGAGGCAUCGAAUGGGCGCCGAAUCCGAAGAUCCUGAGCAGCUGCGGCUGA